AUGUGUUUUGGUGGCAUCGUCACUGACGCUGGAGUGGCCAUUUGCAGCACAAAUCCAGGAAGAGCUAUCUUUAUCUUUUUUGCUUUUCUUUCUUUCCUCUUUCUCUCUUUCAGGGCCAAGGUGAAGGACAAGAUCCAGCUGAUCAACAACAUGCUGGACCAGGUCAACGAGAUGAUCAUUGGCGGAGGCAUGGCCUUCACCUUCCUCAAAGUCCUGAACAACAUGGAGAUCGGCACGUCUCUCUACGACGAGGAGGGUGCCAAGAUCGUCAAGGACCUGAUGGCCAAGGCGGAGAAGAACGGCGUCAAGAUCAACCUGCCCGUCGACUUCGUCACCGCCGACAAUUUCGACCAGAACGCCACCAAGGGAACGGCGACCGUGGCGGCCGGCAUCCCGGCAGGCUGGAUGGGUUUGGACUGCGGGCCGGAGACCUCCAAGCUCUUCGCUGAGGCUGUGGGCCGCGCCAAGCAGAUCGUGUGGAACGGCCCCGUGGGCGUGUUCGAGUGGGACGCCUUCGCCAACGGCACCAAGAACAUGAUGGACAAGGUGGUGGAGGUCACCAAGACGGGCUGCAUCACCAUCAUCGGUGGGGGCGACACUGCCACCUGCUGCGCCAAAUGGAACACGGAGGACAAGGUCAGCCACGUCAGCACCGGGGGCGGAGCCAGCCUGGAGCUGUUGGAGGGUAAGGUUCUCCCAGGUGUGGAGGCCCUGAGCAGUGCCUAAACACCCCCCCCCCCCCGAGUCGAUCCGGGAGAGGGGGUGCGGCGACGGGAACCGUUUUCUCUUCCACAUGGAGAGGGGCUGUAACUCCAACCAUCUCCUCUGCCCCCCUGAGGAAGACUCUCCCGUUGUCUCUUGUCUCUUCGUUCACUGAGCCUCGCUAGCUAGCAGUGUCUUCAACUUAACCGGUCACUUCGUCUUGAAUCCUGUCUGUAGUCUUCCUCGCGCCCCCCCCCCCCCCCCCCCCCCCCCCCCUUGUUGAAAUGCUGGUGAAAAACCGAAGUGUGUCGUGACGCCAUCUUAAGACUCAAUGGCGGAAUGAGGGGGUGUUUUAAGACCUGGGAGACUUUAGGACCUUUCAAGAUGAUGUUAAGUGUGUUAAGACGGCCUUCGACCACCAAACAGACACGCACCUCACACAUGCCACAUCCAGGUGAAGUUGGGUUCAGAUCUCGUGUUAAACUACUGUAUGAGCAGCUGAAAUACCAUUGACACCCAACCAAAGCACCAAUACCGUUUUCUUGUUUUGUUUGUUCCCUACUCGUGCACUUUCCACAUACAACGCAGUGUUAGAGGCAGGUGUUGAUUGGUCAUUUGGAGCUGUUCACUCUCACGGAGAGAUCUGAACCCUAAGUUCCCUGCACUUAUAAUUGUGUGAUUGUGUGUACUACCUUGCGUGUGUGCAUCUGUUUUGUGUGAAUCAGUGUCUAGCUUGGCUUUGCCUUAGAGAACACAUAACUGCGCCCUCAUCAUUGAUAUCUAAUACACCUGGUUAUUAUUAUGCAACGGUUUGGUUGUUUUUCACA